UAUUGUUUCUCUCUAAUGGUGAUGCUAGUGGCUCUCUUUCUCAAGUCUCCUUUUGGUUGGCCACCACUCCAAACCCUACCUUUUGCCCUUUUUUACUGUAAUGCUACUACUUCACUCAUUUCUUUCUUUUCAACCCUCCACUAAAGCCCUUUUUUUCACUUUUAAACUUCUUUGAUGGGUGUGAAUACAGAAUGUUAACAGCGAAACCAGACUAAAGAGCUUCUUUUUAGUACAGGGAGAGAUGGACAAAGAAACUAACCAAGAAAACCCAUCUCUCCUCUCAAAUAGUAACAUUCCCAUCACCAAAGAAGACUCUUCCCCUAAAAAACACCCUGCAAACACCGCUAAUGCUGGCGGCGGAGAUAGGCUGAAACGUGAUGAAUGGAGUGAAGGAGCUGUUUCCAGCUUACUUGAAGCUUACGAAAACAAAUGGGUGCUUAGAAAUAGAGCCAAACUUAAGGGUCAAGAUUGGGAAGAUGUGGCUCGUUAUGUUUCGGCUCGAGCUAAUUGUAUCAAGUCGCCCAAGACUCAAACUCAGUGCAAGAACAAGAUCGAGUCCAUGAAGAAAAGGUACCGAUCGGAGUCUGCCACGGCUGACAGAUCGUCUUGGCCUUUAUAUCCGCGGCUUGACCUUUUACUUCGUGGAACUACUGCACCUCCGCCUCCGCCGCAACAGCUGCAACCGUCAGCAGUUCCUCAAGCAACUACUCCAAUUUCCUCUAACCCUCCUCUUAUGAGUUUACCGGAGCCGGCCAUGAUGGUGGUGCUACAGCAACAUCAACCACCUGCUCCAGCACCGCCACCGCAUUUGGCUCCUCAGCUUCCUGGACAUACACAAAAUUCGAAUGGUUCCAAUGGUAUUGAUAGGAUCCCCAAGGAGGAUGGGGCGGGAACAAGAUUAUCCGAUCAUUUAUCAGACAAGAUAGCUAUGGGGACCGAUAGUAGCACACCAGCUCUUUACAGUGACAAAGAAAGACCGAGAACGAAGAAAACGGAGACGACGAAGAAAAAGAAGAGAAGGAAAGAAGAAGAGUGGGAAAUAGCUAGGAGCAUUGAAUGGCUAGCACAAGUAGUUUUAAAAUCAGAACAUGCGAGGAUGGAAACAAUGAAAGAAAUUGAGAAAAUGAGAGUUGAAGCUGAGGCUAAAAGAGGAGAAAUGGACCUCAAAACAACUGAGAUCAUUGCCACCACUCAAUUGGAAAUUGCUAGGCUCUUUGCAGGAUCAAAUAAAAGAGUUGAUUCUUCAUUAAGGAUUGGAAGAAAUUGAAAUAUUAUGAUGAUUAUUAGUGAAAAAAAAUAUAAUUAAUUAUAUUUAUGAGUAGGUUUUGUGUAUUGACAUCGAGCAUCCCCUAGAAAUCAAGGGUUAACUUUUAAUACACUAAUUAAUUUA